ACGUGUGAGGUAAACGACGACCUAUUGAGAGAGAGCUACAAUGAUAAUUAUGAGACGCUUUGCUCCUGGAUUGGGUUUCCGGGAUUAUGGAAAAACAAGGGAAACAUAUAUGCUAGAGGGGAAAUUUGUAAAUACCGUAGGUCAUGAGGUACAUUUGAAAAUUUUAGUCUGGGCAAAUUUGAAUAUACCGUAAGUCGUUGGGCAAUUUUGUAAAUACCAUAAGGCAUGAGCGAAAGUUGUAAAUAUUCCAAAUCGUGGAACAAAUUUGGGAAUACCCUAAAUCGUUGGGGUAUGGAUGAAUAAAGUAAGUUGUGUAAAUUUGUUUAGGAUAAGUUGUGCAUCAUAUUAUUAAAUAAUUUGUAAAUACUGUAAGUCGUGUGCUAAACUUAAAAUAUCGUAAAUCAUGGGGAAUAUAGUAAGUCGUGGGUACAUUUGUAAAUACCAAAGUUUGGGAUAAAUUUGUAAAUACAGUAAGUCAUGUGUAAAUUUGUAAAUACCGUAAGCCGUGGGCAACUUUGUAAAUACUGUAAGUUAUGGGGCAAGUUUUAGGACUGGUUAAGUAGAAGAAUGCAUGGCAAGUGCCUUGAGAGGUAAGGAAAAACUGAGACUUUCUAAUUAGUAAAUAACAUGUAACAAGAAAAUAACUUUUAAGCAUCUUAAAACAUAAGAGGAAGCAGUCUUGCAACACAAAAUUUUGUUGUCUUGCAAACUUAUAAUUCUGAUUUGAUAUGUUUAAAGAUCAACAUUUAAACUUUUAAGAGAGAAAAAGAAAAAAAAAACAACUUUUAAGGGAGAAAAUUAUUCAUAUGUUUUUAGAUCCACCGUAAAUACGAUGAACAUUUUACAGACUCGCCUUGUGGCUAAAUUUAAUAAAAUAUGAUCAGAAAAAGGCAAAAGAUGCUACAAGAAUACGGCUAGCUAAACUGUGCUCAGAAGCAAUUACAAGUAAAUAUGAGUAAAUACAUUUACUUGACCAAAACAGAUACAUAUAUUCAAAACUGUACAUUUGGUCUUAACAGUUACCAAAUUAUAUGACCAAGACAUACAUUUUAUUGGUUUGUUGUAUCGUGCAGAUGUUAUUUCACCAUCAGGAAUCAAAUUCAUACAGUACAUAUUGUUGACAAAAUAAUAUAAGUUACACGCAGAUUGGUGAGAGAUGGCCUAAGCAAAGAAGACUAAAUGAUGGCAAGAGAAUGAACUCAUCUUUGUUCUUAUCUCUCGCUUUCCAACUACCGAUUUCCAAAGAGAAUGUUUUCUUACCAUAUAACACAUGCUAUGAUCAUCCCUAAAUCGGCCCAAAACAUCGAUUAUUGUGAUGUAUAUUUCAAAUUCUAUGCAAUUGCUUAUGUAACAUAUUAGUAUUGUUAGUUUAUCUUUAGUUCGUUUCAUCUUACAGCAAAAUCUUUAACUACCACAGUACCUUACUAUUAUAUUUUGGCAGUUAGAUUCACUUUCGGCUGUUGCUCCCCCUUUAUCAUAUCGAGCGAUGUGAAAGCGUAUGGAUAAUAUUUCAUAAUUGGUAUUCAAAAUAUUUAAUUAGUCCCUUCAAGAUGGUUUAUGAAAGAAAUAUUAUAUAGACCCCAGUUUCUGUGGAAAAGUAGCUCCAAUUUUCAACAAGAAACCAUAACCAUUUUGAGACAUGGGUACUAGACUCUUUACGUGUAAGACCGAUUGUUCAUGCAAAUUGAGAUUCUCAUUUUUGAUAUAAAGACAGUAAAACAAAACAAAAACGGCAAGGAAACUUCUCAAAUAUACUAAUAUGGUAGCAAUUUUUUGUAGUCAAAUCAAUAGCUUAGUAUUGGGGAUGCGUGCAGAUUCAAGGACAUUUAAUGAGACCUCGUAAUUCGUCACCAAUAAAACAGAUUAUACUUACGGGAAAAGGAACCCUCACAUGUGCCUCACAUGUGAUGUGAGUGUGAUGCCCCCUAUAACGUCUAUGCAUGUGUUUGUAUAUAAAUACAUACCCACAAUCAAGCCCACUGGAAGGACGUGACUGAGUAGGCAUCAUUGUAGAGUGAAAAAAUGGCGUCGAGACCAGGUCUUCUCACGGACUGGCCAUGGACACCUCUUGGAAGCUUUAAGUACUUGGUGGUGGUACCGCUGGUUAUCGACAGCAUCUACUCGUACGCGACAAUGCGAGAUAUGGAUAAACUUUUGAUAGUGGCGGUAAUGGUGGGGCGGAUUGUUCACAGCCAGAUGUGGAUAAGUUAUGCCCGCUACAAAACUGCGAAAGGAACCAAACGGAUCGUGAACAAAUCCAUAGAGUUUGAUCAAGUCGACCGAGAACGUACCUGGGACGAUCAGGUCAUCUUCAACACUCUUAUUGUUUACUUAACCAAAGUGUAUGUCUUAGGAACCAACACCGUUCCCUUUUGGCGACUCGAUGGAGUGGUUCAAGUCGCUCUUCUCCAUGCGGGUCCGGUUGAGUUCAUCUACUACUGGUUUCACAGAGCCCUUCACCACCACUUCCUCUACUCUCGCUACCAUUCACACCACCACUCAUCCAUCGUCACCGAGCCCAUCACUUCGGUGGUACAUCCGUUUGCGGAGCACAUUGGCUAUACGCUAAUCUUGGGGAUACCUCUAGUAACGACUUUGCUAUGCGGCACGGUCUCUGCUGCCUCCAUUGCACUCUACAUAACUUACAUAGAUUUCAUGAACAACUUGGGUCACUGCAACUUUGAGCUCAUUCCGAGAUCUUUCUUCUCCCUUUUCCCUCCUCUUAAGUACCUCUGCUACACUCCUUCAUUUCACUCUCUCCACCACACGCAAUUCAGGACAAACUAUUCUCUGUUCAUGCCAAUGUACGACUACGUUUAUGGGACCAACGACAAGUGCAGUGACUCAUUGUACGAAUCAUCGUUGGAGGAAGAAGAAGAGAAGCCGGACGCAAUUCAUCUCACCCAUCUAACAUCACUGGACUCUAUAUACCAUCUCCGCCUUGGCUUUGCUUCCCUCUCCUCGCACCCCCUAUCUUCUCGGUGUUACCUAGUCCUGAUGAGACCAUUCACUCUAAUCAUCUCCUUAAUGCUAACUUCUUUCUCUUCUCGAACAUUUGUCUUCGAGAGAAACCGCAUUGGUGAUCUCACCCUUCACUCCCAUCUCCUUCCCAAGUUCUCCUCUCAUUACAAGUCGCGGCAGCAAAAGGAAUCUAUCAACAAAAUGAUAGAGGCGGCUAUCCUUGAAGCGGAGAAGAAGGAUGUGAGAGUAAUGAGUUUGGGGCUACUGAACCAGGGAGAAGAAUUAAAUGGCUAUGGAGAAAUGUACGUAAGGAAAUAUCCAAAGCUAAAGAUUAGGAUAGUAGAUGGAAGCAGUCUCGCAGCUGCGGUGGUGGUUCAUAGUAUUCCUGUUGACACGAGAGAAGUUCUCUUUCGAGGCCGAAUCACAAAAAUUGGUCGUGCCAUUGUCAUUUCUCUUUGCCAAAAUGGCAUCAAGGUGAUGGUUUUACGCGAGGAAGAGCAUAGCAUGCUAAACGGAUUCAUUGGCGGGCAUUGCAAGGAAAAUCUGGUCCUCACAACCAAUUACUCCCCAAUGAUUUGGUUGGUGGGAGAUGGGCUAAGCAAAGAAGACCAGAAGAAGGCAAGGAAGGGAACUCUCUUUAUUCCUUUCUCUCAAUUUCCUCCUAGUAAACUUCGAAAAGACUGCUUUUACCAUACCACUCCGGCUAUGAUCAUCCCUGACGCUGCCCAAAACAUCGAUUCUUGUGAGAAUUGGCUAGGAAGGAGAGUGAUGAGCGCGUGGAGAGUUGGUGGGAUAGUGCAUGCGCUUGAAGGAUGGGAGGAACACGAGUGUGGUCUUGAAGUUCCAAUGGCUAAUCCUCCAAGAGUUUGGGAAGCUGCUCUUCGACAUGGUUUCAAACCACUGGUUUUGCCAUCUUUAGAGACCAAAUGAUUGGGUAAUUUAUUGAAGGUUUGGUCUCAAUUACAGUUUGUACUAAGCACCAAAAAGGA